AUGGGACGAAGAGUGCGAAGUUUUUUGUGCCUAAUAAAUCGCGGUAGUCAGAAGGAACCUCUUCUUGGCCGUGGCACCUAUUCAUGGACUGAAACGGCCACGUUUCAUCAGACAUUUAGCCUUUUCGAAAGCAGAAGAAAAUACGAGGGCAGGAUCUUCUCGGCCUCACAACCACAGCAUUAUGGGCCGAGGCCGAGGUCCAUGAAAGACCCGGCCGCAGAUACUGUGGUCAAAUCGCCACGUGGCCUCAGGGAAUCAGAGUGGUUAGGCGCAAACAUUCUCACAAAGCAUUCUCACAGCUUGAGGUCAGGUCACCAACCACUAGACCAGAGCAUUAAAUGCGUUCCCAAUGCCAAGGGAGCAGAGCCCACGAUCAGGGCGGUGGCCGAGAUUUGCCGAGAUUUAUGGGGGUCACACUACCAUGCUUCUCAACCCAGACCACCAUGCUUCACGAUCCCAAAUGCCGAUUUGACUACCCACUUGCCCCAAUCAGACUCCACCAUGCAGAUAUUUUUAAGCCAUCAAGCAGAUCUUUUUUCAACCUCGAUUGGCCCUCCAGGACUCCUCCUAUAA